GACCUAUCGACGAUGAUUCGAAAAACCUUUUACUCUCGUUUACGACGAAUUUUUGUUUUCCAACUCAAAUAAAAGAAGAAAAGAAAGUGAGUUUCUUUGAGAUAAGGUUAAUAGUGGAAAGUGAAUAUCAUGCUGAAAUGAAAUUUGUGUUGCAUCUUCGAAAAAUUUAUAUAUGUUUAUUUUCGAGAGAAGUGAGUCAUAAAAUUAUUUGAAUCGUGGCAUAAGUGUGGUUUAAAUUAUUAUAAAAAAUUCAGAAUACAAUCUUUAAAAGUAUACUGUGAAAUUUAAACGUAUAAAUAUCGUAUGAAUCAUGCAGUGUAUAGUGGAAAGUGAAUGUCAUAUGAAGUAAUAGUAUCGAUUAUACCGUAAUUCACAUAGAAAAAGUGCAUAUAUACGUGCAUAACUUGAAUUUUUAUAACACAUCUGCAUAUAUUUUCUAUAUCACAGUAUAAUCAUUAUAUAUAAAGAAUUUAAAACAAUAAAAAAGAUAGAGACUUGAAUUUGGUUGGCCUAAAUAAGUUAAUGAUAACGAAUUAAAAGUCCUUGAAAUUUGCAUCACCUGACAGUAGAUGCAAAUCUAGUUUCUUUCUCCUUUUCUUUUUACCUUGAUAUAUAUUUGAAAGAUGAGAAUUAAUUAAAAUGAUAAUAUAUUUUGAAACAGGUGAAAGUUAUUUAAAAUGUAAUCAACGACAAAUUAACGAGCAAUAGCUUUGUUCUGUAUUUAUCUAAAAUUUCUAAUCUCUAUUCUCAGAUCAUAAUGAAAAUACUUGAUUCUAUUUUCUUAUUUCAUUAGUAUUUCUAACUUCAAUUUAUCAACGAUAGUCAAUAUUUUUAAAUUCUAUAAGAAACUUAGAAAAAAAUAUAUUUCAAUCCAUUUGAAACUUCAUUUAAAAAGUACAUAGACAUACACACGUGCGCGGAGAUAAAAUCCGAAUCCGAUAGAAAACUCGCUGAGCUUUCUGUACGUGCUGUACUUAGUUUUCUUCUCGUUAACUCGAAAUAAACGAAUAGAAAGAGAGAGAGAGAGAGAGAGAGAGAGAGAGAAAGAGAGAGAGAGAGAGAGAAAGAAAAAAUGAACAAACCAGAGAGACUAAAUUUUUCAACGUGUUCGACGUGAGGUGAAAAAAGAAGUGGAAAGUUAUAAAAGGUUUAGCACGUUCGUUCUCUUUCGAACAAUUUCCUCUUUUUUGCGUGUCACGAAGGAAAUGUGUUUUUUUCUUCUCUUUGUUCCGCCUUUUCUUUUGUUUCGUUGUUUUUUCCCUCUUUUUUUCUUUCUUCUCUUUUCAUUCAUAUCCGCAGACGAUCGCGUGCAUUUCAACGAUGAACAGGAGAAACGAUGGAACACACCACCGGAACUGACACCGGAGCAGGUUAGCAGGAAAAAGCCGGAGACGAUAAAUGGAAGAGCAGAGGCACGAUUUCUUCCAUUCAGUGCAAGCUUCAGCCUAAACGCUGGCCAGGACAAUAGCGAGGCUUUGCAAUUGGGAGCAGGCCUCGGGGGUAUCAGUGUAUCUCAAAGUUCUAGUUUCUCUCAGGCUGAAGCUAAUUCCUUUGGGAAUACUGGAUCUUCGUUAUCCUCUAGUCAAUCCUCGUCUUUCGCUGCAGGAUUAACAGGAAUUUCUGCAUCGGAUGCUAAUUCAUUCAAUGUAAACCAUCCUGUUUUCGGUGGGCAGUCAAAUGCCAAUAGCAAUUCAUUCAGUGUUGGUCAAGCGAGUGCUUCCUCGCAAGCAAAUGCACAGAACGGUCAGGCAAGUUCUGGUUCACAGGCAUCGAUCGGUUCCGUGCAUUCUUCAGCAUCAUCCGGUAGCAACGUGCAGGCUCUCUCUGAUGGUCUGAUAAUAGGACAACCACAGGGACCAAGAAAACCGGUCUGGACCAACAUUGGACCUAAUCAUGAUUUCCCUGGUCAUCCUAUUUCUAAUAGACCUACAUUAACCAUACAAGAAGCACCAAUUACCACUCAACAAAAACGACCAAUAACGUUGACAUUAGGUGGUUAUAAUCCACGCUGGCAACAAGGUAGACCACAACUUCAAGUGAACGAGUGGCAUCCUAACGGAGAAGUCAACUUUCAAGGACAUCAGUGGAGGCCACAUUCGAAGCACGAGUACGCUCAAGGAUAUCCGUCAAUUCCUAACUCGUGGUUGCAGGGUCAAGGACAGUCAAAUGGAGGUUUGCACAUCACCGUAGCUUCAGCUGAUUCCAGUGCCUCAUCGAACUCCGGUGUUUAUACUCAAGGACAAGCUACUUCGGUCCAUCGGAAUCCCUAUAGACGAACCGAAAGGAACUUUGCUAAUGUCAAUUCCAUGAGAGAAAACGACCCAUCGGUGGACUUUGUCAAAUUUCCAGGACAAACUAAUGUUCAAAGUAUACCACGGGAAUUUGUCAGGAGCAAACAAAUGUUCGACGGCAAACAUCGAAGAGAAGAAAAAGAUUUCGUUGAAAGUAUCGUAUCGGACAUCACGGAUACAGUAUCGGAUUUAUUAGAUAUUUCGUAAUUUCACUCCUUUUGAUCUAUUGACUAUGUUUUAAUUAUAGCUCAUCCAUUUGACUCCUGAUCGUAGGCGUUCGAUCGAUGAUUUACGAUCCGCCGAUUACUUCCUUCUCAACGUUAUCCUUACUCCAGGAAUCAUUCCAAGAAAUUGAUCCACGUUGAGAGAUAUAGAAAAUCAAUAAUUGAUUUUCUCAUAAAUCUCUUUACUAGGGAUUAUUUAUCGUGACAUCGCGUUCCAUCGUAUGAAACGCUCUUUAAUUAAACAUAUGACGAUACUUGUCGAAAAUCAUUGAAUUCUGCGAAUCAAAGAACGUAUUUCUACGGACAAGAAAGCCAAGAAUUUUCAUAAAUCGACGAUGAAUAAUGCGCCAACUAUCGAGAACUUCUAUUUAUUUUCCCAUUCACAUCACUGCCAGAUGCGUCAGUUCCGGCGUUUAAAUGGGUGAAGGUCAAAGUGCACGUUCAAUAAAAUUCAUAUAACAUGAA